CAGGCCUUGGAAGAGGCUCAGAAAGCCAUACAGCAACUCUUUGGCAAGAUCAAAGACAUCAAAGACAAAGCUGAGAAGUCUGAGCAAAUGGUGAAAGAAAUCACACGGGAUAUUAAACAGCUGGACCAUGCCAAGCGCCAUCUGACCACAUCCAUUACAACCCUAAACCAUCUACACAUGCUGGCUGGAGGAGUAGACUCUCUGGAAGCAAUGACAAGAAAAAGGCAGUAUGGGGAAGUUGCCAACCUCCUACAAGGGGUAGUGAACGUCUUGGAGCACUUUCAGAAGUAUAUGGGUAUUCCUCAGAUUCGCCAGCUAUCAGAAAGAGUUAAAGCUGCUCAAACUGAACUUGGACAGCAGAUUCUAGCUGAUUUUGAGGAGGCAUUUCCAUCUCAGGGUACAAAGAGACCUGGAGGACCCAGCAAUGUCCUGCGUGAUGCUUGCUUGGUAGCUAAUGUCCUGGAUGUCCGGAUUAAACAAGAGAUCAUCAAGAAAUUCAUCAGGCAGCAUCUUUCUGAGUACUUGGUGCUUUUUCAAGAGAACCAAGAUGUGGCGUGGCUUGACAAAAUUGACAGGCGCUAUGCUUGGAUUAAACGUCAGCUUGUGGAUUAUGAAGAGAAGUAUGGCCGCAUGUUUCCUGUGGACUGGUGCAUGACAGAGCGCAUUGCUGUUGAGUUUUGCCAUAUAACCAGAAAUGAUCUUGCAAAAAUCAUGAGGACAAGAGCAAAGGAAAUUGAGGUGAAGCUUCUGCUCUUUGCUAUUCAGAGAACCACUAACUUUGAGGGUCUCCUAGCAAAAAAGUUCUCUGGCUGUACCUUGACUGACACUGUUGUGAAAAAGCCAGAGCCCCAAGCUCCAGUUUCUACCAAUCCCUUCCUAGAUGAUGACAACAUAGGAGAUGAGUCAGCUCUCGAAAGAGAUGGUGACCUUGAUAAGCCAAAGAAGCCGAAAGUACCAGAGAAUCCCUUCCAUGGCAUAAUUUCUAAGUGUUUUGAGCCCCAUCUAUAUGUGUACAUCGAGUCACAAGACAAGAAUCUCGGUGAGUUAAUUGACCGGUUUGCUGGGGAUUUCAAGGCCCAAGGUCCACCAAAGUCUACUUCAGAGGAUGCUGGAGCUGUGUUACCAAGCUGUGCAGACUUGUUUGUGUACUACAAAAAGUGUAUGGUGCAAUGUUCCCAGCUGAGCACAGGAGAGCCAAUGAUUGCCCUUACCACUAUAUUCCAGAAGUACCUGCGGGAAUAUGCCCUGAAAAUUCUUUCUGGUAAUCUCCCCAAAACCAGUAGCAGCAGCACAGGCCUUACUAUCACCAGUCUUCUGAAGGAAAAAGAAGGCUCAGAAGUUGCCAAAUUCACCACCGAAGAGCUUUGCCUGAUAUGCAGUAUACUGAGUACAGCAGAGUACUGCCUGGCUACAACACAGCAAUUGGAAGAGAAGCUAAAAGAAAAAGUUGACGUGACAUUGACAGAAAGGAUCAACCUGACAGCGGAGAUGGAUACUUUCAGCACUGUAAUUUCAAAUAGUAUUCAGCUUCUUGUGCAAGAUUUAGAUUCUGCUUGUGAUCCAGCACUUACUGCAAUGAGCAAGAUGCAGUGGCAGAAUGUGGAACAUGUUGGGGAUCAAAGCCCAUAUGUUACAUCGAUCAUUCUACACAUCAAGCAGAAUGUUCCCAUUAUUCGAGAUAACCUGGCAUCUACCAGAAAGUACUUUACACAGUUCUGUAUCAAGUUUGCUAACUCUUUCAUACCAAAAUUCAUCAACCACCUUUUUAAAUGUAAACCUAUCAGUAUGGUGGGAGCUGAACAGCUUCUACUUGAUACUCAUUCCUUGAAAACUGUUCUACUGGAACUGCCAUCCAUUGGUUCUCAAGUAAUAAGGAAAGCUCCAGCCAGUUACACAAAGAUUGUAGUGAAAGGCAUGACCCGGGCUGAGAUGAUCCUAAAGGUUGUGAUGGCGCCACAUGAACCCUCUGUUGUGUUUGUGGAUAAUUAUAUCAAACUGCUUGCUGAUUGCAACACGGAAACAUUCCAAAAGAUACUGGAAAUGAAGGGCCUGAAAAGAAGUGAACAGAGUGCAAUGCUUGAGCUGUUUCGACAGCGACUCCCAACACCUCCUUCUGGUUCUGAAAACAGUACUGUCGCUCUGCAGACUCCGACGCCUGAGCAGGAGUCGUCACGGAUCCGAAAACUGGAAAAACUCAUCAAGAAGCGGCUUUAA